UCAGAAUGGUUGUGGACGACGACUGGGUGUUUGUUGCCGUAUGACGCGAAGCGCUGCAGAUUCCUUUCACAUCCGAUGACUUAUUGACUGUCGAUUACAGAAUUGAGCUGACAUCUCUCUCUCUCAGAAGCAACAAACAAAGGAGUGGGGGUUGUCUCCAUCUGCGGUCUUCUCUCUUUGAAUGUGAAGGUGCUCAAUGUCUCCAUCCGCCUCUGCUCUUCGUCUCUUCAGAAAGUAAACUACAAAACGGCGGGGCGCUCACUCUUUCUGUACUCUGCUCUCUAUAUGUGAAGGAGCACUCUCUCUCUCUCUCUCUCAAGCACACCAUGGACGUCUCCAUGGGGUGCCCCUUCCUUCUCCCUAUACUGUUCAUGGCCAUCCUUGCCGGUUCCACCGCUGCCAACGUCGCCAAAUUGGAUGUUUACCCCAAAAUUUUGAAGAAAUCCGGCGACCCGGUAAAGAUAAAAUGGAGCGGGAUCUCGAACCCCUGUGCUCUCGAUUGGCUUGGAGUCUACAGUCCUGCCACCUCUUCCGACGAGAACUACAUUGGCUACGUUUUCUUAUCGUCCUCCCCGACUUGGAACUCCGGCUCUGGUUCCAUCGUUCUCCCUCUACUGAACCUGAGAUCGAGCUAUCAAUUUCGAAUCUUCAACUGGAACGAGAGCGAAAUCAACAAUGGGACUCGCCGCGACGACAUGGGGAACCCGCUUCCAGGAACUCGCCACCUGCUGGCGACCAGCGAAGAGAUCUCCUUCGUGAACUACAACGACCCAUCUCAGAUCCACCUCGCGUUUGGAGCGAAGGAUGACGAGAUGAGGGUGAUGUUCAUCACAAGGGACGGGAUGAGGAGCUCUGUGAGGUACGGACUGAAGGAAGAUGAGCUGGGAGAAACGGUGGAGGCGCCGGCGACGACGUAUACAAGGCCGGAUAUGUGCGACUCGCCGGCGAAUUCGGACAUAGGGUGGAGGGAUCCAGGCUACAUCCACGACGGGCUCAUGAAGAAUUUGAAGCCUGGGAAGAAAUAUUACUAUAAGGUGGGCGGCGAUGAAGGAGGGUGGAGCCCAACUUACAGCUUCAUAUCUAAAGAUAAGCAGUCUGACGAAACAAAUGCCUUUCUUUUUGGAGACAUGGGAACCUCGCUUCCAUAUCUGACCUUCCUUUACACACAAGAGGAAAGCAAAUCCACUGUCAAGUGGAUCCUGCGUGACAUUGAAGAUCUUGGGGACAAGCCUGCCUUCAUAUCCCACAUUGGUGAUAUUAGUUACGCUCGUGGAUAUGCUUGGAUAUGGGAUUCAUUCUUCACUCAGAUUGAACCCCUUGCCUCUAAAGUUCCAUAUCAUGUCUGCAUAGGCAACCAUGAGUAUGAUUGGCCAUCCCAGCCAUGGCGGCCAUCGUGGUCCUAUGCCGUUUAUGGAACCGAUGGUGGCGGCGAAUGCGGAGUUCCUUACAGUUUGAAGUUUAACAUGCCUGGAAAUUCUUCAUUGCCGACCGGAACUGGUGCGCCGGCCACUCAAAACUUGUACUACUCCAUUGAUGUUGGAGUGGUCCAUUUCCUCUUUAUAUCAACAGAGACCAACUUCUUGAAAGGCAGUGAUCAGUAUGCUUUCAUCAAGAAUGAUUUGGAGUCUGUGAAUCGAGAGAAGACACCGUUUGUAGUGGCGCAAGGUCAUCGACCUAUGUACACCACAAGCUAUGAGUUAAGGGAUGCGCCACUCAGAGCAAGAAUGCUUGAGCAUUUAGAGCCUCUGUUCACAAGCAACAGAGUUGAUCUGGCACUCUGGGGCCAUGUUCAUACUUAUGAGAGGUUAUGCCCUUUGAGAAAUUUCACCUGUGGAUUCCCAGAAAACAGCACAGACAGUCAUUUCACAAUGCACAUGGUAAUUGGUAUGGGUGGCCAAAACUGGCAGUCCAAAUGGGAGCCAAGGCCGGACCAUCCUGAUCUUCCGAUCUAUCCGCAGCCAGCUAGAUCGCUGUACCGAAGCGCAGAGCUUGGAUAUGUAAGGCUUCAUGCAACCAGAGAGAAGAUGGUUGUCACAUACAUAGGAAAUCAUGACGGCAUGCCUCAUGAUUCUGUGGAGAUUACUUCAAAAGGCCGUUGAGAACUCGUUACUCUGCUUCUCGCUAUGCUUCUGAAGCCCUUUGUAAGUUGGAUCUACUAUUGAGCAUCCACUAGCAAAUAAUAAUGCUUAGAGUUUCAUUAGGCAACUUGUUAGCCCAAGAUGGGACUGGAAAGUAGACAUUGAGUUACAGUCUUAAUGGGAUCAUGUUGCUUCUUCUGAACCUAAA